AUGUCAUUAUUGAUAGCCUUGACCGCGGGCAAAGAAGCUACCAGUGCUGGCGUUAAAGCACUCAAAGAUGGUCGCAUCAAAGACAUAGCUCUCGAACAGGGCUUACAGUCAAGCAACAGCAACUAUAACGCCAUGAGAGAUCCUAAUGGUAGACCUACCGAGCCAAGCACCCCUCGAUCAAUCACCGCAUCCAUCACAAAUGCAUUUCUGCGCUUUCUCCAAUUCAUCUUCGCUCUCACCGUUGCCGGUCUAUACGGCAAAGACCUCCAGCACGCCUGCGACAAGGACGUCUACUUGGACGCGAAAUGGGUGUAUGCCGAAGUAGUCGCUGCUCUAGCCGCAUUCACAGCGGCAAUGGACCUUAUGACCUGGUGCUUCGUCCCACGAGUUGUGCGCCGCGCAGUCGACCCCUAUCAAAGCUUGCAUUUACCGUUUUUGCUUUGGGAGGUGUUUAUCUGCUUGAUCUGGUUGGUGUUAUUUGGUGUGUUCGCCAAGAUGUAUUUAUCGGAAGAUCCGGAGGGGGAUGGGGCUAUUGAACGUAUGAGACAUGCCACUUGGAUUGAUUUGGUGAAUUUGUUGCUGUGGGUGGUCACGAUGGUUUGGUCGGGAAUGAGGUUGGGGAAGGAUAGGUUUAAAUGUGGUGGUGGGAAAAAGGCUAAGAAGGAGAAGGAUAUCCUUAAGAAGGAGCAGCAGCGUGAGGGAAAUGAGUUUGUUCUGGCUGGUAAUUGUCCUGGUGUUGGUACUGCUGCUUCUCGUAACGGUGGUGGUGGUGUUGGUACUACUGCACCUGGUGGUGAUGAAAACUGUUGGGAUUCGCCGGUAAGCUCAGUAGCCCAUGAUGCUGGUGAUCGGUUGGGCCAUAAUGGUGAAAUGCAAUGGUGGACGCUGACGAGUAUGGCACCCCUCCAACAACGCCUGGGACUGAUCAUUAACCACGUACUAGACACUCUCCACACAUAUAUGCUUGAAGUGUGCUCCAUCAUGCUAAGCAUUGCGAGCAUGUUGCUGAAUCUCUUAGGUCUAUGA